UUGGCCGUGAUUUCAAUGAGUGAGUGUAGUAGAGGCUGAGCUCAGACUGAAGGGGGAAGGAGAGAGGCGACUGACUGACUGGGCUGAGAAAGGAACUACAGCAGGUAAAAUCAUGGAGCUCCGAGUAGGAAAUAAAUACAGACUGGGCAGAAAAAUUGGUAGCGGCUCAUUUGGAGACAUCUAUUUGGGUGCAAACAUUGCCACAGGAGAGGAGGUCGCCAUCAAAUUAGAAUGUGUGAAAACAAAGCACCCCCAGCUGCAUAUCGAGAGCAAGUUUUACAAAAUGAUGCAGGGCGGAGUGGGGAUUCCGUCAAUCAAAUGGUGUGGGGCGGAGGGAGACUACAAUGUGAUGGUAAUGGAGCUGCUGGGGCCCAGUCUAGAGGACCUCUUUAACUUCUGCUCUCGUAAGUUCAGCCUGAAGACUGUGCUGCUCCUGGCUGAUCAGAUGAUCAGCCGGAUUGAGUACAUUCACUCCAAGAAUUUCAUUCACCGGGAUGUCAAACCAGACAACUUCCUGAUGGGACUUGGAAAGAAGGGAAAUUUGGUGUAUAUUAUUGACUUUGGUCUGGCCAAAAAAUAUCGUGAUGCCCGGACACACCAGCAUAUCCCAUACAGAGAAAACAAAAACCUAACUGGGACAGCCAGAUACGCAUCUAUCAACACCCAUCUGGGAAUAGAGCAAAGCCGCCGUGAUGACUUGGAGAGCUUGGGGUAUGUACUCAUGUACUUUAACCUGGGAUCGUUACCCUGGCAAGGUCUGAAAGCUGCAACCAAAAGGCAGAAAUAUGAACGCAUCAGCGAAAAGAAAAUGUCCACGCCAAUUGAGGUGCUCUGCAAAGGCUACCCAUCUGAAUUUUCAACAUAUCUUAAUUUCUGCCGCUCCCUUCGGUUUGAUGAUAAGCCUGACUACUCGUACUUAAGGCAGCUCUUCCGCAAUCUCUUCCAUAGACAAGGCUUCUCCUACGAUUAUGUCUUUGACUGGAACAUGCUCAAAUUUGGUGCUGCUCGGAACCCAGAGGACUUGGAUAGGGAAAGAAGGGAACACGAUCGGGAAGAGAGAAUGGGACAAUUGAGGGGUUCUGCCACCCGAGCGCUACCCCCUGGUCCCCCUGCUGGAGCAGCUCCCAACCGUCUAAGAAAUGGAGCAGAACCAGUAGCCUCCACACCAGCAUCACGGAUCCAGCAAAGUGGUAACACAUCUCCCCGAGCUAUCUCACGGGUGGACAGGGAACGCAAGGUCAGCAUGAGGUUACACAGAGGAGCUCCGGCAAACGUCUCUUCUUCUGAUCUCACAGGAAGGCAAGAAGUGUCACGGAUUUCAGCAUCACAGGCCAGUGUACCGUUUGACCACCUUGGAAAAUGAGAGCUGCUACUGGACCAGUUUGCUUAGUGUCUUCACUGUAUUUCAUUUUCUUUUAACCAGUUUUUUGUUUUGCCAAUGAAGAGAGCCACGCCCAAGAUGCUGGUUCUGGCGCCGAACUAAUGCGUCACGGAAGGGUGGGCUUCAGAGCACCAGCUCCCCUCCCAAGUAUACUGGCAGUCCAGGACAGAGGAUCUUCUUCCUGCUAUUUCCAAACUGAACACUACAUAAACUGUAUAUAUAUAUAUUUUUUUCUUUUUAGCUAAUCUCCCCCACUCCCCCCCAAAAAAAUGAACACUGCAUUUUACCGUUUCCUCUCAAAUGUAGCUGUAUUUACUUUCCCCUUCUCAGAUUUAAAGGGUGGGGACAGAUUUAAGUGGUUUUUAGAAAGUUGGAGGCCUCAGUCACUGGCUUGGACGUUCUCGGCAGCCUUUCUAGGACAUGGAAGCCAGGCUGGACUGCAUUCCCCAUAUCCACGUGUCUCUGACAAUGGAGAAGAGUGCAUGCAGUUUUUCUGUGGUUUGAGUUGGGAUAUUCGUGGCUCUAGUGACAAAACAGACUCAGGAAUGUCCCUAAGCCACAGUGGAGGCCAAGGUUGUUUUUAGCAUGCGCUUGAUUCCCAAGACCCUGUAGCAUGGGUUACCAAGGAAUAAGUGUAGCUUGCCUAAACAGCUGGUGCGACUACCAUAGCUGUUUUGGCAGUUUUAUUUCAAAGUCAUAAUGUAUUUUAUUAGUUAAUAUUGUUGGGUAUUCCCCACUGUGGCUGCUAGUGGUUUGUGGUUUAUUGCUUCUAAAACGUAAAAAGAAAUAUAAAUAUAAUUUAAAAAAUGCACAUCCUUUGAUUCACCCCUCAACCUACCCACUCCUGCUACAAGAAGAGACUGGUUGCUUUCUGAAUUCCAUAACGAAGACUGUGAAGGUGCAUAAGACAUUUUAAUGAGGAUUGUAUAAUAUAUAGUUGGGAGGUGCCCGAGAGAAUGGGAUAUUGAAUGUGGAGAUGGUUUCUUUCCAUGUCCUGGACAAAGCCCACUUUGCACCACUUGAGGGCGCCAUGUACUUAGUUCUCUCUCACCCUCCAAACUGUUUCAAUAUUUAACUAUCAUUUGUUUCCUAAUUUAUUUACAAUAUAUUCUUUUCUUUUUUUAUUUGUGGUAACUUUUAUUACUUUAUAAUUUUUAAAAAAAAAAGUGCAAAAAAAAAAACCAUUUGGGGGGAAAAAUACGCAACUUUUUUGGGGGGGUUUUGUACUUCUGUGUAAAUAUAGACUUUUUUCAGCUUCAAUGUGUUUGUUAAUUUGAGGUAAUAAAGUAGAAAACGAUAAAGUGAAUUAAA